AUGAAAGAUCUAGGGCAGGUCGAGCAUUUCAUGGGUAUGCGAAUCAACGUUGACAGUCAGAGAGGCAGGGUUACAAUUGAUCAAACAGCCUUUGCCGAACGUAUUCUUCUGCGCUUUGGAAUGGAAUCGUGUAAUUCGGUAUCGACACCCGUGGAACCAGGAACAAAAUUGGAUCAAGUGACAGGAAAUAGCAAGAAUGCUGAUUAUCGCCAAGCAAUUGGAUGUUUAAUGUAUCUCAUGCUUGGAACGCGGCCUGAUCUUUGUUAUGCUAUUAACCUUUUCAGCCGAUAUCAGGACAAAGCAACAAAUGGCCACUGGACUUUAUUAAAAAGAGUACUUAGAUACGUGAAAGGCACAACAUCAAUGCAGCUAGUUUAUCAAAAGCGUGAAAAUGUAAAUCCGUUGGAGGGCUACGUGGAUUCCGACUGUUCCAACGAUUCGAGUGAUCGACGUUCGACAACAGGGUUUGUGUACGAAGUGUUUGGAAAUGCUGUGUCUUGGGCUACAAAAAGCAAGGUGUUGUUGCAAUGUCUACAUCCGAAGCUGAAUACAUUGCUGCGGCUCAAGCAGUUACUGAAGCGAUGUGGUACAAAAAGCUAUUCGAGGAUAUAG